AAAUAAUCCCGAUGCUGUCAUUGAUUGUGAUUCGUAAAUCGUGAUUGCGUGAAGAAAAACAGUGUUUGGAGUGUUUAUAAUUUAAAUUUAUGGUCUAAAGUGUCGCCAUCGAUUAGCUUCAGAAUAUUCUGUAGCAUGAUAUAGAAUACAAAAAAUAUUGGAUUAUUCGGUUAAUUUUGUGUGCAAAAGUUGUCGUGAAUAUAAUCGUAAGUGGAAUUGUUGAAAUCCGUGCUUUUAGUAUUAGAAAAUUAAAUGGUCUGUUGAAUAAUGACAAUGCAAAAACAAAUACGUUCGCAGAGAAGCAAUCCGGUCGAUCGACCUUCAUGUUAAUGACUCUUGGCCAGUGAGAGAAGUAGCAAGAGAAGACACUGCUAUUCGCCUUAUAUUUGGAAGAAAAACGUUGUUUAGUGUUGCAAUACAAUCAUUCCUUCCCGAAGGAACAUUAUCCGGAUGGUGUUACUUUUCUGAGUGAGCACGGGAAUGAGCACCACUAGGCCCCGUCUGGUGCACACGAGGAAAAUCCAGCCCACAUCUUCGCCAUCAAAGCGAGCAAAAAGCAGUCCCCACGAAGAAGACUCUUCCGCUUCGCCGACUGGCAGCAGCAGCCCCAGCGGCGGCAGUGUCUUCAGUAUGGCCGAACCGGGUGGCGACGUAACGACGAUGGCAUCCAUCGGAGAGCUGGCGGAAGCUGGCGAGCAUCCGCCAUCAAAGUUUACGGAAGCGGAUCUGCAGGCUAUAAAGUUAACGAGUGACACGUUGAAGCGCAAUCCAAAGAUGGACUUUAGCAAAACUGAUCUCCUCAAACUGCUGAGCUACUUGGAAGGUGAGCUCCAAGCCCGAGACGUAGUCAUCGCCGUACUUAAGACUGAAAAAGUCAAACAACUACUCAACACUGCUCGAUAUAGCAAGCCCACUAACCUAAACGAUCCUCACGCGGCGCUCUACCGCGACAACUUGGCCUCCAGUGGGAACAUCGCCAGCCGACAGUCAUCCAUUCAGGCGGCAUAUUCCGAGCACGAGAUGCGACUGCUCAACGACCAGCGAUUGGGUGUCAAAGAACAGAUGGAUUCUCUGGCGGCGCUUGUGAUGCAGCAGCGACAAACUCAAGCCAAAAUGGUCGAAGUACUGAAAGAUGCCGAAGAACGAUACAAAAAAGUUGUUCAGGAACUAGAAGACGAACGACGGAAGCAUGAACACACCACUGCCCAAGGCGACGACAUUACGUACGGGUUAGAGAUCGAACGGUCACGGUUGAAGCAGGAAUUGGAGCAUGAGAAAGAGCAACGAAAAGUGACGGAAUUGGAGCUACAGAAAAUUCAGGAACAGUUCGAAGCGGAAAAGAAUCGCCAGAAGCAGAUAGUACUAUUGCUCCUAGCAGAGAGAAAGAAAAUUAUUAUAAAAUAUAUAGAAGAGCGAAAGCGUAGUGAGGAUUUGGCACAGAUCUUGUCCGAAGAAAAAUUGCGAGUGGACACAAUAGCCGAAGGCCUUGAGGAAGAAAGCAAAAAGUCGCUCAGGAUGGAAGCGGAAUUGGAGACGCAAACUCAGCAAUUCGAUUUGGAGAGAAAAAUGUUGCACCAAAGUCUGGGCAAGGAGGAGAAGCGAAUCAAAGAGCAAGAGAUCGAAAUUCAGCAGCUGAAGACAGAAUUGGAAAUGCUGAGGAAACAGACUGGUAUUCGCCAUCCGAUUGUUGCCCCGCAGCUUCCUACCAAACCAGGCGGUCUAAUGCCUUCGAGGCCAUCAAUAGGAGGGGUCCCACUAGCAUCAGACGUAGGAAACGUAGCAUCAUCCUCUUCUUCCGCUUCCGUCGCAGCUGGUUCUGCGGCGUCUGCUACCACAGCCGCUUCCUCUGCUGCUGCUGCUGCUGCCGCCGCCGUUAGUGGACCUGCUGCUGCCUCGGGCCCUGUAUCCGGUGUUGGGAUUCUACCGCAUGGCGCCGCCGCAAUGAUCAGUAGUGUGGCCACCAAGGUGGUCCAGCCAACUGCUACGGUUUCUAGCGUGCCAGUUUCCGGACCAACAACUGGAAUCGCUCGUUCUGUGUCGCCCGGGCAACUUAUCAGACAAACCGCCAUCUCACAGCUGUCGAUAACGUCUCCACCGUUAGGACCUCCCGGAGCGAAUGCCGCACCGGUGGCACCGUCUCCCGAAACGUACGCCAACACGGUCACACCCAGCAAGAUGGCCACCGUUCGAAAGGCGUCAGCAUCGCCAGCGGGAAGUCCAGCCGGAAUUAUGGUGGGAGGACCCACCGCGACUAUCAAGAAGACAAUAAUUCCGUCGGUCGGAGGACGCGGUGUACCGCCUCCGAUUCCGCCAAACAAACCGCAGAUACCGCCAAAGCUGUCCGGAACAUCGGCCGCUGCUGCCGUAGCUGCCGCCGCCGUAUCAUCCCGUAUACCAUUUCUGAGCAAUAGCAAUCACACCAAUAGCCACAACAGUAGUAUCAGUUUAGCCAAUAGUAGUAGUAGCAGUAGCGCCGUCGGUUCACCAUCGAUACCUUCGCCAUCUUCCGUGUCCUCACCACUGUCAUCACUAUCAUCAUCACCAUCACCGUCCUCAGCAUCACCUUCUUCCUCUACUACGCUAGCUAACAGUGCUUCCGUGGCGCCCCCCGCCGGGGUCAGUGUCAGUGGAUCGGUACCGCACACAAAUAAUCUUAUCGCAUCUUCAACAGUUGCCAACAACAAUGCCGCUGGAGUCUCAGCAUCACAGGCCUCAGCCGCCACCACCGUCUCUGGCUCAGCAGCCCCAGGCUCAUCCACCACACCACAAAAUUUUGCGACGUCAGUCGCAUCUGCAUCCGUUUCAACCGCAGCAGAAAUACUGACAAAUAUCGGUUGCGAAGGUGGGAUAGUAUAAAUUAGUGCAGAAUUGUGUGGCACCAAUCACAUGCGCACCACCCACUACUACUUAA